AUGCCAGCCCACUACAACAGCCGGGUGAACUAUCACCUCUCACUUCCCGACCCCAGGACAGCCCCUUUUCAAGUGAACUCAGCUUCACGUCAAUUCUUUGACCUAUGUGGGGUGGAGAAGACGGCUAAACAAGAUGAAAGGAUACAAGCAUUAGUUGACAACCUUCAGCCCUAUCCUGAUGAUGCACCUUUUAUGAAGAUGGGGCCUGAAAACAAGGCCGUUUGGAAGUCAUGUUGGACUGAGAAGAUUGACCAUACAGUCAAUGUCCACUUUGUCAAUGAAAUUGUUGAUUGUGUCUGGGAUAAUGAAACAGCAUUACGGACUGUUCCAGGAGGCAAGCCAGAGCUGGUAGAUGCUGACUACAACAAAGAUGUCAUUAUCAAGAUGAAAAAAUUGUACUGGGGCAACUUACAGUCUCAAGUAAAGGCACGCGCUGGCAUACACCAAAGUUGA